AUGAGGGUUACCACUAGCCAUUGGCAGUUAUUUUUAGAACUAGCAGAACAGUUUCCUGCUUUAAUAACCAGUAAAUUUAAUGGGCCACAAGGUAAAGCCCAAGGAAAUGAGUUAUGGAAAACUGUUGCUGCUAGACUUAAUGGGCUAGGAUAUGGGGAAAAAACUAUUUUGGAAUGGAGGAGGGCCUUAACAGAUUGGAAAUCCAAAGUCAAAGUUAAAGCAUCUAAAUUAAGAUGUUCAUCAACGUUAACAGGAGGAGGUAGUUGUGACACUCCACCGCUGACAGGCUUAGAGGAAAAACUUCUUGGUCUUAUGGGAAGAAAAUGUUUGGAAGGAGAUGAAGUAAGGGAAUUGGGACAAUGCGUACCUCAAAUGGUAGAAAUGAGCAAUGAAUCAAACUUAGAUUUUGAAAUAUUUGCUGAGCCACUUGCAGAAGCAGAUUAUUUUCCCGAACACAACUACUCAUCUUUGGAUAUUGCAUUGCCAAGUAAAGGCAUGAAAAUUUUAAAAAGAAAAUGUCCAGCAGAUGUUUCAUCUCCCAGUAAGGUGCCAGAUAAUGUUCCUUUCAUUGAAAGUACUAAUAUUUCAAAUAAACAUAUAAAUAUUAAUAUGACACAUAAAGGACAAGGACCAAUAUUAUUAAAAAAGACCCCUAUAUCAACUCCCUCAAGAAACAUUCCAUUGCCAAGUAGGAAUAAUAAUGAGUCGAGCAUGUCAUCUAGGCCGGAACAAAAAAGGAGAAAAAUCUCGGCUAUCCCAAAAAUAGGCAAAACUUUGGAAAAUAUGACAGCGGACUCACUGGAAAUAUUUAAAGAAAUAGCAAAAAACACUGAAAAUAUUUCCAAAAAUAGCACAAGGAUUGCAGAUUCAUUAGAAGAGUUAGUUUUAUAUUUUAAAAACUCUUAA